AUGUCGACGCUCGGCGAGCAGCUCGCCGUCCUCGAGGAGACGGUGCUCCACCUGCGCGUGGAGCACGCGCAGCUCGUGGGCCGCCUCGCCGAGCUCUCGGACACGAUGGCGGCGAACAUCGAGGACCGGGACCGCGUCAUCGGCGCCAAGACGCAGGUCAUCGAGGACCUCGAGGCCCAGAAGGCGGGCAUCGUCAAGGAGCGCGAGGACCUGCGGGAGGGCCACGCCAGGGCCAUGGCCGCCGUCGAGGACGGGGAGCGCGCGGCGGACCUCGAGGCCAAAAGGCAGACGGACGAGAUCCUCAGCCAGCUCGAGCUGCUGACGGCCUACCAGGCCAUGAAGGUCGAGGUCACGCGCAAGCUCGGCGAGGCCCACGCGAACUUCGACGCCGCGUCGGCGCGGCGCGCGGCCGACAUGGAGGCGCUGGAGGAGCGCGUCAAGGCCGACGAGCUCCACUGGGUCGCGGAGAUGACGCGGUCCGCGGAGGCCGGCGCCAAGGCCCAGCGCGAGAUGAUCGCCAAGGUGAGCCACACCUACGCGACGCUCCAGCGGGAGCACGGCGACAUGCGGGCCGUCGUCGCGGACCAGGCCCGGGAGCUCGACGCGCUCCUCGCGGAGAACGCGGCGCGCGCGCGGACGCGCGACGCGCGGCUCCUCGAGUACGCGUCGUUGGCGGAGAUGAACGACCUGAGCCGGGCCAAGCUGCGGGACAUGGGCUCCCUCAGCGGCGCGGGCUUCGUCAACUUCGACGCGUCGACGAUCGUCACGCGCGACUCCGCGUCGCUCGUCGAGAGCAAGGCGCCGCGGCCGCCGCCGGGCGCGGCCGGCGGCAGCCCGCGCCGCGGCGGCCACCUCGCCCACGACGACGAGGGGUCGCGGCCGCGGCGGCCCCGCGGGGCGAGCUUCGAGGACGACGAGCCCGCCGAGGACGCCGCGCCGCCGUCGGCGGAGCCGCCGCCGGACUUCGAGAUGCUCGCGUACCUCUACGCCCCGAUGAAGACCUGCGCGUGGGUCGAGAGGAAGCCGAAGAAGCGGUGCCGCAAGAAGGGCGCGACCGGCGCGCGGGCCUUGACGGAGUGCGUCCGCGCCUGCGCGUCGUGCCCCUCCGAGGGCGCGUGCGUCGACGACUCGACGUGGUCGCACACCAACAAGAAGAACAAGAAGCUCGACUGCGUCAGCGUCGCGCGCAACCCCGCGCGCCGCUGCGGCAUCGACGGCGCGCGCGACGCCUGCGCGAAGACGUGCGGCGCGUGUGAGGCGACCGCGUAA